CUACUCCUUACAUGGUUUUCCUACAUUAUUUUUUGCCUAACCCCAAAACCCGCACAUCUACCAUGUUAGCAGACACCAACAAUGCGCCCAGCUUUAGUGAUUUUCCGAGCAUCGUCCUGACGCAGAUAGUCCAGCUGGCAACAGACAGCGGAAACCCACCGUCUACUGACAAAUACGAUAUGUCUAUGGAGCUAAGCCGCCCGCUUCUGUCACUAAUGGCGGUCUGUCGCAGCAUGCGUGCUGUCAGCGCGCCCCUGUUCUACCACACCGCCUUUAUGUGCCUAGGGAAUGUCAGCCCUGACAAGAAGCGACACAUACCAGAUUGGCCCAAGUCAAAGCUGUUUGACAUCCGAAACAUUUUCCAAACCGGAUGUGCAUGCUACAUCCGCCGUCUCGCCAUGUACUGGAACACAUACGACGGCAUCGACCAUGACCUGAUGGCUACUGUACCAGAUAUGCUAAUGGCCAAAGUACCGGUGAACAUCGCUGAGCUAAAGCUCAUCUUUGUAGGCUUGGCUGAUCGCGAAAAGCUUAAACCUAACGACAACGACACCACAUACCCCAGCCUGUUCAAAAUCCUUACUUCAUUUGCCCCCGACGCUCGCCAUAUAGCUGUGCAUUGGGCGCGGGGUGCUAGUCGUACUGAAUAUGAGACACGAUACCUUCGAGAACGCCGGUACAGGCACGCACAGAUCGAGUACGAUUCGCUGCCGCACAAAGAUGGAGGGCUCGACAUCAUGUCGAAGGGACCCGUUUUGGAUAGCGUGGUGAUGUUCUUGCGCCAGCGCGCACCUAAACUUCAGUCUCUAAGCCUGAAUAUAGGGCGGCACCCAUCUCUCCAGUAUUUUGUGGACCGACUCGGAGAAGAACAUCUGGUAUUCCCCCAGCUGGCCGAGUUAACCGUUACUUCGCGCAUAGUGCACUAUGACCAGCCGGUCUGCCUCGGAUACAACAUGUUUCCAGUCCUACGGCGGUUCAGCAGUCCCAAAGACUUCCCCUUCUGCGACGGCACUGGGCUGCUGAACAACCCCAGUGGAAUAGAAUCCGUAAGGAUGACCCUGAGCCACGACACAGUCGAAAAGCUGGAUCAGCUGGGGGCGUUCCGCAAGGACAUGUACCCAAAUCUGAAGACCAUAUAUGUAGCCCGCAGACUAUCAAACAGCACCGUACUGUCCCAUGACAAUCCCCAUGGGUUGUUCAAGAAGGUGGUGGAGAUGGCACAGAGCCCGCGAAAACUCAUCUUUACAGUCACCGGGAGCCUUGAUCCCGAUAUUUGCAUUAGUGUGUUGGCUGGCAAGCAGCUGGCUGUGCUGCAGUGCACGUACACCAAACUGACUUGGAUUGAGAUCCUCAAGAUCUGCCGCAAAGUGCCGUCUCUGCGCCAUGUAUCGUUUGCGCUGAAUGCUAUUGAUGAGGGUAUUUCCAACAGGAUCCUUGAUGAAGGCUACAAUGUCCAGGACGUGCUGUGUGUGCGCUCAAUUGAGCUUGUUGGGUUUCGUACUACAGAGCGGAUGCAAACUGGCGCCGAGAACGCAGUCUCUUUGGCCGCUAUGCUUCCGUCACUUAAGCGUAUAUCCAUUCCGAUGGGCUGCCUUCAUGACAAGUGGGUGUUAGCUGAUUACCAAAAGGAUGCUGUUGCCCAGCCAAGGUUCUCGCAGUACACCCACUUGAAGAAUGUGGACUUUGACAUCAAUGAGAGGUUUGUCUAUCACCCGACUCCGCCUCCAGCCGAUAAUCCAGACAACCCUGUGCACCUGGAUAACGAUCGCCCGGUGAUUACCACUUACAUCUAGUUCACUUUCUUUUGAAUGUUUCCUAUUUGCAUAUCUGCUGUGAUGGUCCAUCAGGCCUGCUAUGGCUGCUGCCCCAG